AUUAUUGAAUACUAAUGAUGCUUUUAUUCUAGGAAUCAAGCAGAUUACUUUCUGAAGAAAAUGGUUAUGUUCAUAUGAGAAAAAUGAAAAAGGUGCUGCGGAGGAGGCAACAACAUAUGACAUCUCAAAUUUCAAUGCUCUAUCCUGUGAAGAUCUUGAUUGGACCAGCACAAAAGCAAGAGCUUGAGGCAUAUCCUUCGAGUAACCUGGCAGGAACUUCUGCUGGACUUAAACCAAUUAAUGAAGGAUCCUUAACGAUUCGUGGCCUGCAUUUGAAUGUGCCAUCUUUUAGGAAAAUGAGCUUUUUCACUGAUAAAAAGGAAAUUCAGGUGUCUGCUACUUCCCUAGGAUAUGUUGCACAUGCUGUUUCACUUAUAGCCUCUUACUUGCAAGUUCCUUUGCGAUAUCCUUUACGGUUGUGUGCUUCUCAUUCGUAUAUCAUUGACAAUGCACCUUCAACAGAGCUAACAUCUGAAGCUUUACCAAAUGCAAACACAAAUGCCAAGCAUGUGGAAUUCCCCCUUUUUUUAGAAGGUCAAGACACAACAAGAGCAGCUUACGCUGUAUUCUUACUAAAUAAGGAUUUAGAACAGCUUUUGAAUUUCAUUGGUGCAAAGAGUUUGGGACCGCGCCAUGUACUUGCUAAUUUGAGGGAGCUCUAUAGGAUUAUCCAGGCUUCAGCUUUUAUAGAUAACUUGAUAUAGUGGUUUUGUCUCUACCGUAAUUUCCUUGUAAUUUGAUUUUUUUUAAAUCCUUGCUAGGGUGCAAUUUUUUUGGUGCACCUUCCAAUGUAGCAUCGUUAUCAAAAUGGAACUUCCUAUAAUGGAUUUGGUAUUCUGUAAAAAAGAGUAUACCGUACUGCCAAAAAAUUAGUGUUAUUUGAGCAUAUUAUAAAUGCCAAAUGCAUAGUUAUAUUGUAUAA